UCAGGWAACUUUCUUUGACACUUCACAGAAGUCUCUUGAGCCCACAAACCUUUUUCGGAGCUCCUGCCAUAGCUAUUCUUUGCCAGUCSUAUACAUUUCAUUUUCGAACUGUCUUCUUGUGUGGGGUUCUCCAAACAAGCUUCUAAUCCUCUUCACUGUGGAGCAUUCGGCAGCAACCAACUGGCUGAAAAAAAGAGAGCGAUGUCGGCGCAGAUUCCUCGUGCGCAUGGCGGUCAAGACUUGGAGCUCUGCACCCUCAGCCAAGGUGGGGGUAGCAAUAGCAGCAGCAGAAGCCAUCAUUCCUCAGAGAAUGGAAAUGGUGGUGCAGCAGUUACCGUGGAUGUCUCUGUGAAGGGGUUGGAAGYGGAUCCCCCCCAACAUUCGUUGUGUGGGCAGGCUGAUGAGGAGCUUCUCGUGGAUGGCUGCUAUGGUGGAAUGCCAGACCUGACAGAGGUAAUCAAGUUGGUGAGGGAUCACAAUGGAGAAGAAGGGGAGAGUGGGACUUUGCUUGCAGUACGUGUUGUGGAGUCUUYGUUUGAUUCCUGGCGAGGGAGAGGAAGAGAAGGGAAAUCCCGCCAUGUUGCCUUCUUUCUCACAGAGCUAUGGAGAGGCACCUUCGAGCCGGCACCAUGGGAGGAACGUACAGUGUUUUCAUCCCCUCAUUCGCUCGAGCAGAUCUUGGCACCCUCUUCCUCCUUCAACGAAGUGGAAGAACUCUUUUGUGCAUGUUUUGUGGAGAGGUAUCAGCGCCCGUACAGCCCAACUGGCAGGUUCAAGGCACUGCAAAGGUUCCUCCAACUCACCGCCGAGAUCCGCGACAAUGAGGACUACUAUCUUCCCCUAAGAGCGGUGGCUUUACUUGACGUGCAGUUUCUUUGCCGUUUCCGGAACCGUAACCAAGAAAACCACGAGGAGAAAGAAAUGCUUGAUUCCUAUGAGAAAGAGAAUCCUGGCACCAGUACUGUCUGCGAGAAACCUUUGAGAACUGCACUUGMGAUUUGGAAACACCUAUCGUCGUCAUUUGAAUCUUGCAGUAUGCCAUGCCCUCUCCCAACAGAGUUGGAGAACAAAGCGGUCAGAGAUGAAUUCUCCUCCCAACACAUCCAGCAGCUCUUCGGUAUCGGUAAGUCCAUGGAGUUCAAAUGCAUGGCGCUGAUGGCAGAUCUCGCACAAGCCACCACACUCACUCAAGAGGACCUCUUGCUGUGUAUUGGUGACACAGAGGAGCAAAUAGACGAGGCCCAGCGGCUGGGUCGUGAGAAUGAUUAUCUCUGGGGAACUCACGAUCUUGCGUGUCUAGGUAUAAGAGAARCUGGCACUGGGCAGUGGACAACCGACAGUUGUAUGGAUUUAUUGUUCAGUGUUCUAGUGUACUGUACGAUGUGCGGACAACUCUGUACGGAGAGCGAGGAACGGUUUCGCGAAUGGGGUAUGAAAGUGUAUGAAACGAUGUGGGAUGUGGGAUACCACAGAAAGGAGAGCUCGACCACUGACACACAGCGUUGCAAACUACUGAGCAUGCGUUCAAGAUUUGCGAGGGAGGUCGGGGGGGCCAACCCAGAAUGCCCAAAAGCUGCACUGACGGAGCUGAAGUUAAUCUGUGAAAUUGUAGGGCUGUUCUCAAGACUGUCACUGAUUGAGAGGUCGAAGAUGAAGCUUGAUGAGGCACUAUGGSUUCAUGAGUACCUCGUUGCAAAGUUUCCUGACCCGCUAGAAUGCUACCCGCUGGAGGACACAGGCGUCUUGUGGGCAGAAUGCAAGUUCAAGCUUGGUCGGUUGUGUAUGAUUCAUGGAAUGAUUGAAGAGAGUCUGUGCUUCUUCAAGGGAUCUCGAGACCUGUUCACAAAGUUGCACAUGCUAACCGCUGAGAGAGAUGCGUCUUUGCUGGUUUUCRAGGCUAAUACGAAACUCAAGUCAUUGGAAGGUUGCUCUCACGUUCCGGCCAUAGACGAGCUUGAAGAACUUGUCCAAAGGGCGGAGCACAAGCUACUGGGGAUUCACUCUGGAUGUAACAGUUCUGGUUUUCGUGAAAUAGCCGGGAACAUCAAAAUCAUUCGAGCAGGCAUUCUUGCAUUGAAGGGAGAGAAGAAAAAGGAGGCCGAAUGUUUAGAGGAAGUAGCAAUGGACUGGAGGUCGUACUUUCUACUAUCAACCGCAUUGGWUGUCUACGAUGAGGCUGAUGAUAUGCAAUCCACUGCCGAACUGAGGUYGAAGAUGAUGAUGUGGUUCAAGAUGCGGCAGAGGGCAGUUGGGCUGUUCUCUGAGGGGUAUCUCUCGCUGCAUGGGUGGGAGGAAGCAGACAUGUUUUUCCAUGUGCAGACAGACUGUCUGAAGCGUAACGACGUACGUGAAGCACUUGUGUGGAGUGAAUGGUCCCAUGACAGGUUUCUUUCCUCUGUGCUUGCAUAUGGGCCCACUUGGCUUCGCUUGCCUCUCCGCGCUCCUUGUGGUAAGCCUUGUUACAAAUGGUCAGAGGAGGAGGACAAAGAUAACAUAGAAUUUGCAGCUAUCGACUCUGACGAACCGACCCUGGGGGAGAUGAUGGAGGAUGCAUGUGGCCUCUGUGGUCCAUGGACAACUUUGAUCGAGUACCACCUCAACAAUAGUUCCACUUCUAGGGAUGACCGGGAAGUGGUUCUGAUUUAUGUUCUUCGUGGAGCAGAUCAGACCCUGGUUUGUGAACAGCAGACAUACGAAAGGUCAAAGGGUGUGGAGGUCCACUUGCAACAGCUCAGGGAACUGAUGAACUCGGAUUUCAUGGAAGAUAAGCCAUAUCUUAUCGAGCGGCACACUGUGGCAGUGGUGCCUGCUGUUCAUAUUCUUCCUCUGCUGAAGAGACAGAGUGAAUACCUCCUUGAUGAGCUGAGCCCUGAGGCUGUGCCAGAUCAAGAUUCCGCAGUAAAUGUUACAGACGCGGAAGCAGAAGAGGACGCAUCCACAGCUCCGAAGUCAGAAGAAGCAUGGAUCGAGGAUCUCCUCAGCACAGCGGCGCUUCAAUCUGGGCCUAAGCCCGACUGUGAAUCUGAAGCGGGAGAAGCUGAAGAGAAGAAAUGUACAGCUCCUAGACCAGAGUUGGUGUUUGGGAGUACUGCUGAUGGAUUUCUUAUGCGCGGUUGUCCCCGUCAUAUGCUUCCUGCCGUAGGUGAGGCUUUUCUUAGAGCAAAGCCCAUGGGAAAUCUUUCUAGUAAACGUGAAGGACGGGAUACUGAGAAGGAUGAACACCAGGGCUGGAAGUCGGUCGUUGUCGGCAACCCAACGCCUGYCGAUGUUGGCUUGUCGGCGCUACCUUUUGCCGAGGAAGAAGCUCAAAUGAUCUACGAGAUGCUUGCUCCAAGAACCGCAACACUUCUCACCGGAAAGGAUGCCACAAAAGCACAACUAGUCAAGGCACUAGCACAUAGAUCAGCUCCUCCGUUCGCUCACAUUGCUUCACAUAUGCUUGUCGGCUCAAGCUCCGAAAUAAACAGGGACAUAUACUGUGCCGAGAUGGGGAUGCUGGCUCUUUCAAGCUGUGAGGAAGAGCGGGGACAGCCUCGCAUGGUGCACGGCAUGGACCCACUGUUCGGCGUCGACGACUGUGAUGGUGACAAAUUUCAUCCUACGGGGCUGUCAGCUGAGGAGAUUAUCAAGAAAUUCCGCCAUGGUCUGGAAACGUUAUUGGUGGUCUUAAGCUGCUGCAACUCUUCGAAGGGACUCGUCACGCCUGARGGGGUUCUGAGCUAUGCAAGGGCUUUCCUUACAUGUAAGGUGCCUUGCGUCGUCUCAUCCCUCUGGAAGGUCUCAGAUGAGGCUACGUUCCAUCUCAUGUCAUUAUUCUACGGUGCUCUUCGGGAUGGCAAGGAUGUCUCCACCUCUCUGCGGAUCSCCAUGCUGAGCAUGCUAUACGCAAAGCGGCCAUCAAGCAACCCCAGCUCCUCAUCCACGUCCCAGACCUCUUCCUCUUCGUGUGGAUGCUCAAGUUCCUCUUCCGAGUCCUUUACCGCCACAACUACCACUUCUGCCACCACCGCCGACGCCUCAGCUUCUGUUUCUGUAUUCUCCUCUAAGACGUCCUCCUCAGGGCCACCGUCCUUAACCGCCGGUGCCUCCUUGUCCUCCUCUCAGGAGUGUCCCUCUCAACAUGUUCAUCUACUUGAUCAUGCUCAUGGUCAGGAAAUCGGGAUAAAAACGUUACAGAGCGAAAGUCACAAGACUGAGUCUCACAACUUGCACAGCGAGCGUGACAGUCUUGGUCUUACUCGUGACAGGCCAGUGCAGCAUGUAGACCACACUACACAGCCAGGCACGAUUUCAAAGGUGAGAGGCACUGUUGAACCCGUGCAGGACUUAGCAAGUGGCACAAAAGGCGCUGUGGCAGCUGAGGGGGAGGUUGGCGACGUGAAACGACCUAGGGAUGAUCCGCUGAACGUGUUUGGGUGGGGACGUGUGCCUUUCCUGUGGGAGAGUUGAUGUGGGAUGGAUGCUACUCUCUCAGGGCCAGAGAGUGGUAAGGGGUUGUUUGGGUGCAUGGUGAUACCCUGACAGUCCUAUGGUGGGCAGGGGUGCCUUGUAGGGAAACCAAUGUCGAAUCAAGAGCUGUGUCCCAC